AUGGCGCCGCCACGGCAAGGGGAGGAGCAGGAUGUCGGGGGCGAUUCGGCGGCGGCGCUGCGGGCCCCGGCACACGUGAUGGCGCGGGUGUUCUCGCAGCUCGACUGCGUCGACCUCCUCAGCUGCUCCCUCGUCUGCAACCUCUUCGAUGCUACUGGAGUUGGUAUCUUGAUUCUGUGGCAACCACCACGAAUCAAUAAUCAGAGCUGGAUCAUAUCAUAG